AUGUCAUCCCUCGCACCUGGAACUACUCUCCAAGGCACCUCUUGGAACUACCGAAUACUCAACCCCGUAGUGGGAGAUAGCACACAUAGCUCAACUGUCUAUACAGCUGAGGUUAUUCCGCAUGAGAACGCACGACACGCUCCCCAAGCUCCCAAAAGCGCUCUGAUCAAAGCAUCCCCACCCGGCGCCGUAACCGCACUAGAGAACAUGAAGCGAGAGCGACAGGUCUAUCGUCUUCCCGGUGUCACCUCUUCAGCGUGCUUCCGAAAGAUGUACGAUGAGAUAGACAGUAGCACUAUCGCCCUGGAAUGGCUGGACACCACUCUUGCAGAGGUGAAAUACCAGUCUAGCAUGCGUAUCUACUCACUCAUCGUGACUGUCAUGAGAGCAGCAUUGACUAGUUGUGUCGUACUAGAAGGCUACGGAUGUGUGAACAUGGAUAGGCCGUUAGUGGUGCCAUCUGGCAGUCUUCUCAACGCACAACCAUAUGCGAUGCGCGCUCCGGAAGUCUUCCUAGGGCACGCAUGCGCUGAGCCAUCCCAGGUCUGGGCAGUUGCCGCGGUGCUGCUUUGCUGGGGUAAAUCCGGGAGUACUGGGCGUAUGCUGCACUUUGACAAUGUGGAGGGUCAUUCGCUGAAAGCUGCGGUAGAUGCUGCUAGUAGUUCGAGUAAGGAAGUGUCGGAGCUGCAAUUAAUCUCACCGUUGUGUGAGGAAUUGCGAAAGGUGGAUAUGCCCCAGCAAUUUAGGGAUCUUCUGCGAUUGAUGCUGGUGGUUGAUUCGGUUCAGAGACCGUCUGCCUCGUCUGUUUUAGUGUCGGCGGAGUUUAAGGCGUUGGAAGAGCUGGUGAGUAUGUGA